ACCUGUAAGGGGGAAAAGAAAAAGAAAUGCUCAAAAUAGGAAAUCCGAAGAUCUCAAACACAAUGGCAAACGCUCAUUUUCUUAUGAAAGGACGGAGAAUUCUGGAACUAUCUUUAGUCUGUUAGCUUUUUGGAACUCUCUAGAGUCUCAAAGUCCGCUUUAAAUUCCCAUACACCCAAAUCGCUUUGUAUCAAUCGAUCUUCAAGCAUUUGCCAGUGUUGUCUUCUCAGAAAUCCUCAAAAUCUCAAAAUUUCCUCUCUCGCUAAAACCUUAAUGGAAGACGACUUUGAGUUCCCAACAGCAAGCGACAUGAAAGAAGACGAGAUGGACAUUCCAGAGGAAGACCCAGUUAGCCCGAUCCUCAAAGUUGGUGACGAGAAAGAGAUUGGGAAAAAUGGUUUGAAGAAGAAGCUGGUUAAGGAAGGCGAAGGAUGGGAAACUCCCUCCAAUGGUGAUGAAGUUGAAGUGCAUUAUACUGGAACUUUGCUUGAUGGAACCAAGUUUGAUUCCAGCCGUGAUAGGGGGACUCCUUUUAAAUUCAAGCUUGGCCUAGGACAAGUAAUCAAGGGCUGGGAUGAGGGUAUCAAAACAAUGAAGAAGGGUGAAAAUGCCAUUUUCACAAUUCCACCUGAGUUGGCGUAUGGUGAAUCUGGAUCACCACCAACUAUUCCUCCUAAUGCAACACUUCAAUUUGAUGUGGAAUUGCUUUCUUGGACUAGUGUCAAAGACAUAUGCAAAGAUGGAGGAAUCUUAAAGAAAAUACUUGUUGAAGGGGAGAAAUGGGAGAAUCCGAAAGAUUUGGAUGAAGUAUUUGUUAAGUAUGAAGCUUGUUUGGAAGAUGGUACACUGAUAUCAAAAUCUGAUGGGGUGGAGUUCACUGUAGGAGAUGGCUACUUCUGCCCUUCUUUGGCAAAGGCUGUAAAAACAAUGAAGAAAGGGGAGAAAGUCCUAUUGACAGUGAAGCCACAGUAUGCAUUUGGUGAGGAUGGUAGGCCGGCAGUGGGCAGUGAAGGUCCUGUUUCCCCAAAUGCUACCCUCCAUAUCACUCUUGAGUUGGUUUCUUGGAAGAGCGUUUCUGAUGUCACAAAGGACAAGAAAGUCUUGAAGAAGAUUUUGAAGGAGGGAGAGGGUUAUGACCGUCCAAAUGAUGGAGCAGUGGUUCAAGUGAAAUUAAUUGGGAAGCUGGAGGAUGGGAAGAUCUUUGUGAAGAAGGGUCAUGAUGAAGAGCCCUUUGAGUUCAAAAUUGAUGAAGAACAAGUAAUUGAUGGUCUUGAUAAAGCUGUGAAGACCAUGAAGAAAGGAGAACAUGCACUUAUCACUAUUCAGCCAGAAUAUGCAUUUGGUUCAUCUGAAUCACAACAGGAGUUGGCUAUUGUUCCUGCAAACUUAACUGUGUAUUAUGAGGUUGAGAUGGUCUCGUUUGUGAAGGAGAAAGAAUCUUGGGACAUGAAAACAGAGGAAAAGAUUGAAGCUGCUGGGAAGAAGAAAGAGGAAGGGAAUGCAUUAUUCAAGGCUGGUAAAUAUGAGAGAGCAUCUAAAAGAUAUGAGAAGGCUGUUAAGUUCAUAGAGUACGACUCUUCUUUCAGUGAUGAGGAGAAGCAGCAAACUAAGUUGUUAAAAGUAACUUGCAAUCUCAACAAUGCAGCUUGCAAAUUGAAACUCAAAGAUUACAAGGAGGCUGAGAAGCUGUGUACUAAGGUAUUGGAACUUGAUAAUAGGAAUGUGAAAGCCUUAUAUAGGAGGGCUCAAGCAUAUAUUCAACUUGUUGAUUUGGAUUUGGCUGAGGUGGAUAUCAAAAAGGCCAUGGAGAUUGACCCUGAUAACAGGGAUGUGAAAAUGGAGUACCGAGUCCUAAAGGAGAAAAUCAGGGAGUACAACAAGAAGGAUGCACAAUUUUAUGGCAACAUAUUUGCAAAGAUGAACAAGUUAGAGCAAUCCAAGGCUGCAAAACAGGAGCGGGCACCCAUGGCCAUUGAUAGCAAGGUUUGCAGAUUGCUGGUUGUUCUGGUUUGCCUCUUUCUGAUACUGUCCAUGAUCACUAUCUUAAUUUGGCAAAAAUGGUCAGAUCACCUUGCCGAUCAAGUGGUUAUGUGAUGUUCAAAGUUUGUGAUUAAAUGCAUUUUGUAUUUGCAGCUGAAAAUAACCAGAUCAACUAUCUUAACAACUUUGUAUGAAGAUGUUCAAUUUAAAAGUUUGCAUUUUAUUAGGGUUUUGGAUUUAUCU